GCGUAUCUGGAUCAGGAGACUGAUGACUUCCCGCUUUGGUUUGUAGUCUUUACUACAUAAAGCUUGUACCCUUGAAGCAUCCUGGUCGCCUUCAUCCAACCUAUAGCAAUCAACCCGUUUCCAAACAAUCAAAUUCUUCCUACCAUAACCCACCCCACAAAUCCCGAGAUGCUUGCCCAUGGAUUUGUGUUUGUCAGUGUGAUUAGCCUGUUAGUCCGUAGCUCUCUUGCGAUAGACUGUUAUCCGGGCACUGUUGUGGACAGCAAGGAAUGCCACAGAGCACUCUCUCAAAUCGUCUACGAGAAAGGCGAUGUUCUUGGGACUGACUCCAAACACUUCGGAUAUAUCUACGGAAACUGUUCUAUCAUUGUCGUCAACCCCAAAGGAGCUUCUCCCUCCAAGCGACAAAUUGAAAGCGGCUUCAACCAGAUUCUGGGCAAAUGCAAGCCUGAGAGCGGAGGGGGAAACCUCCCGGCCAACGAGGCAGUCUUCUUGAACAUUGGUAACCGUGGAACGGGACCGUACGCGCCAUACGAAUCCGAUUUCCCGUUCCUCAAGGAAGCCUGUGGACUGAACACCAACGCACCCGACACUAAAAAGGAAGAUUGCUUAAAGGCCUACAAUUCUAUCCCUCUGAGCGCAGAGGGUCAGUUCUUGAGCGACAAUCACACCGAGACUAUCAAAAUUCUCAAGACCUACCAGACUUGUACGGUACACAUCUACGCGUCUGAUGGAUCCAACAUUGUCGCAACCAAUGGCAACGUUCGUCCCGUAUUCAAAAAGAUGCUUAACCAGUGCAACGGCAAAUCUGGCGUGGUGAGCAUGAAAAAAGGCGUUCAGGGACACAACGGCAGGUUGUUUUUGAAGACCCGAAGCAGCGUUCCCUGCGGGAUUGAUGGUGAAAACAAACAAGUUUGCCAUUAAGGUGAUCUUACGCUGGAUCUCGAUGUAGCCUUCUUUGAUUGGCUCACUCAACUCCUCUGAGACUGACACAGUUUUGAGUUCGACCGAUCAAAUCUUGACCAAAUAUAUGUUACCAGUCUCCUAUAUACCUCAGUGAAGUCGCUGCCAAAUUGGACACUUGAAGAAUGUAUCAUGGAUGGGAAUUCUAUUGGUUGGACAUUGUUUAAUGAGUGUCGACAGUCAGCCAAGAGUGAGAUUACGG